AUGGGUCAAACCCUUUCCGAGCCUGUCGUCGACAAGGCCUCUGACAAAGGAGAAGAUGACCGAUUACUGUACGGCGUAUCUGCUAUGCAGGGAUGGCGUAUUAGCAUGGAGGAUGCUCACUGCACUAUCCUUGACCUCUUGACACCCAAAGCCGACGAGGAAAAGAAGGUUCACCCUUCGCGAUUAUCUUUCUUUGGCGUCUUCGACGGACAUGGCGGAGACAAGGUUGCCCAAUUUGCAGGCAAGAACAUAUAUGAUAUCCUUAAGAAGCAAGACACAUUUAAGACCGGAAAUUACGAACAGUCUUUAAAGGAUACAUUUCUUGCGACUGACCGAGCGAUACUGAGCGACCCUCAGUAUGAGGAGGAGGUAUCUGGUUGUACCGCGUGCUGUGGUUUGAUUACCGGCGAGAAGAUAUAUAUUGCAAACGCUGGUGAUUCGAGAAGUGUCUUGGGUGUUAAGGGAAGAGCUAAGCCGCUAUCCUUCGAUCACAAGCCACAGAAUGAAGGCGAAAAGGCGCGAAUUACUGCCGCAGGUGGCUUUGUCGACUUUGGUCGUGUCAACGGCAACCUUGCCCUAUCUCGAGCCAUCGGAGAUUUUGAGUUCAAGAAGAGUGCCGAACUUGCGCCUGAGCAGCAGAUAGUGACAGCGUUCCCAGACGUAGUUGCGCACGAGAUUAGUGACGAUGAUGAGUUUUUGGUCAUUGCAUGUGAUGGUAUCUGGGAUUGCCAGUCUUCACAAGCGGUCGUUGAGUUUGUUCGAAGGGGCAUCGCCGCGAAGCAGGAGUUGGAUAAGAUUUGCGAGAACAUGAUGGACAACUGUCUGGCAUCUAAUUCGGAGACUGGUGGGGUUGGGUGUGACAACAUGACAAUGAUCAUUGUGGGCUUCUUAAGAGGCAGAAGUAAGGAGGAAUGGUACGAAGAGGUUGCCAGCCGUGUGGCCAAAGGCGACGGUCCUUGUGCCCCUCCCGAAUACGCUGAAUUCCGGGGACCUGGUGUGCAUCACAAUUUCGACGAUAGUGACAGUGGCUAUGAUGUUGACAUGGAAAACAAGUCCAAAACAUUUGGGAUCGGUGGGUACAAGGGCCGCAUCAUUUUUCUAGGCGAUGGUACUGAAGUUCUCACCGACUCGGACGAUACCGAGAUGUUUGACAACUCAGAAGAAGAUAAGGACCUGGCAAGUCAAGUGUCUAAGAGUUCGUCCGGCGAGUCAGAAAGUCGACUACCGCCCAGAGCGCCCUCGCCUCCUCCGCGUACGCCGAAGAAGCAAGAGGAUAACCCUCAGGCAAAGCUUAGCGACUCAACCCCAAACAAUACCUCGAUUGCAACUGAAAAAGUCGCGGAAGCCGUGAAGGAGGAGCCCAAGGAGGCGAAACCCGAAGCCGCCGCCGCCGCCGCAUCUAAAGACUGA